UGAUCAAUCAGUUCCAAUUUGGUGUUCGGCUUCGAUUGUUCGUCCCGUUUUCUGAUCGGAAAGUCUUCAUUAGUAUAACAAAAUGCUGCUUAUUCGUAGCUUGGUCUUAUUGAUUGCAGUCGGACUUGCACUUGGAGAAGUUGUUAAUUUCAAGCAAUGCAGAGAUUAUACCGGCAAUUGUGUUGUUCAUGAAGUUCGUAUCGACCCAUGCCCACAAGCAGCUGAAAACAAAGCUUGCAGAAUCAAGAGACGUAAGCCAGCAAGUAUCUCAUUCGACUUCACCCCAGGAUUUGAUAGUGAGAAUGCAACUUCGUCAGUCUUCUGGGCACGAGAAACCGAAGAUUUGGAAUUGGAGGAUAUGGAUCACAACAGUUGCAACUACUCCACCUGCCCCUACAAGUCCGACCAGAAGAAUACCCUCAGCUUUGAGUUGCCAAUCCGUUCGAAAUUCCCAUUGAAUGACUACGAGAUUAAGUGGAGACUAAAGGGUGGUGCCGGUGAUGAGUGCUGCUUCACAACUUCCAUUAAAAUUGUUCGUUAAAAUAAAUUUUCGAACUCGAACUUAAGACUUUUAUUUGUUAAAUUUUUGAUUAACAAUAUAUUUUUCUGUUUUAUUUUUAAAA